GAGGUUUUAAGUUCAAACAUUAAAGAGGAGCUGGAUUAGAUUUUGCCUAUAUAUAGUGUCUUUCAACACAGCAUUCCUCCAACCUAAUCACAAACAAGUCAAUCAAUUUUCUCUUCUUCGAAUUAUCACAAUGGGAUCAUUUGCUUUCUCUGUUUUCUUCUUCCUGAUUUCUUCCUCCAUUGCCCAAACAACAUCUUUUAGGCCUAAAGCUCUUGUUCUCCCUGUGACUAAAGACUCAAAAACUGGCCAAUACAUCACCCAAAUCAGCCAAAGAACCCCUCUUGUUCCUGUCAAACUAACAGUAGAUCUUGGUGGCCAAUUCUUGUGGGUAGAUUGUGAACAGGGCUAUGUUAGUUCAUCGUAUAAACCCGCGAAAUGCGGCUCCGCUCAGUGUUCACUUUCCAGCUCUAAAGCUUGUGGUGAUUGCUACGAUGGUCCUAAACCAGGUUGCAACAAUCACACAUGUGGCCUGUUUCCAUACAACAGUUUGACUCAUGUUACCACAAGUGGAGAACUUACAGAAGAUGUUUUGUCGUUGCAAUCAACUGAUGGAUCAAAUCCAGGCCCUAUUGUGGUAGCACCAAAAGUGUUGUUCACUUGUGGAUAUACAUUUUUACUUGAAGGUCUUGCUAAUGGAGUGAAAGGAAUUGCUGGAUUAGGAAGAGGAAAAGUUGGUCUUCCAUCACAGUUAGCAAGUUCAUUCAGUUUCUCCAGGAAAUUUGCUGUCUGUUUAGGCUCAACUGGUGUUAUAUUCUUUGGUGAGAGCCCAUAUGAUUUUCUUCCUGGCAGAGACAUUUCUAAGUCUUUGAGUUACACUCCACUUCUCAUCAACCCUGUCAGCACUGCUGGUACUUCUUUUGAAGGGGAGCCUUCUGUGGAGUACUUUGUUGGGGUGAAAUCUAUCAGGGUCAACGAAAAACCCGUGUCGAUAAAUACGACAUUGUUGAGUAUCAAGGAUGGGAAUGGUGGAACCAAAAUCAGCACCGUUAAUCCUUACACUGUCAUGGAGACUUCCAUCUACAACGCUUUGACUAAUGCUGUUUCCGCGGCGUUUUCUGGUGUUCCUAGAGUGAAACCAUUGGCGCCUUUCGGGCUGUGUUUCAACUCAAGCAACUUAGGUAGCACAAGAGUUGGGCCUCCUGCUCCAAUCAUUGAUUUUGUGUUCCAAAGUCCAACUGUUAUGUGGAGGAUUUUCGGGUCGAAUUCACUGGUGAGGGUGAAGGAUGAUGUUUUGUGCCUUGGAUUUGUGGAUGGAGGUGUAAAUCCAAGAACUUCGAUGGUGAUUGGAGUUCAUCAGAUUGAAGAUAACCUUUUGGAAUUUGAUAUUGCAAGAUCCAGGCUUGGUUUCAGCUCAACACUAUUGUUCCAGCAAACUACAUGUUCCAACUUCAACUUCACAUCAAAUGCCUGAAAGAUGGCCUUUCUCCAAAACACUUUCUGCAGAACAGAAACCUUCCUGCAGACUUUGACUUUUUCAUUACAUUGGAUCGUAGUUUGAAAUAAGUUCAAUUGAAGAACAAGAAUGUUGUCCUAGCACAUUGAAGCUGGUUUGAACAGAAGUUUUUGUAAUAAUAAUGAAAUCAUUUAUUUUGGCUCCAAUUGAAGUCUUUUCAUUUUCUGGAUUAGAAGAGUAAUAAUAAUAAGAAAAAGCCUACAAGAGAGUUCGAACAAAGGGCUUAAAACCACCCACCAACGGACAAAUAAAAACAGAAGCUACCGCGGAGCCAGGAGAUUAGUCACUGUAGCCGACGGUGAAAAAAGAGGGAAAAAUCCACAGCAUCAAUCGUAGAAUACAGGAGUCAUACACAGGACUUCUCUUCUUGUGUUCUUCUUCUGUUUCCAUUCUUCAAUGCCAUCACAGAUUCACCACAUUCAUCAGAUCAUCUGAACUAGGCACAGAUUGCAGCUUUUCCCAACUCUUUAGCUUCCAUUACAGACAUAUCCUGACGAAACCCAGCGCCGGAGGUAACCAUAAACAAAACUUCCGCUGUUGCCAGAACCUCUCCAAACGGUUCCUGUAUAAGUCCGUUUGUCCUUUUUAAGUGCUCCGGUUUCCCUUCACGGUUCACAUGAUACAAUACCGGAGAACCCUCUUCUUCAAUUCCUCCGAUCAAUAUUCUGAUACACAUAUCAUAUGAUACAGUCAUACAGAGUCAGCCACCGCCAUUGCUGCCUCUGCAACACCCACUCUUUUUCGAAUCGGCGGCACUUCCUUUGCAAAUAAUUGAUCAAAUUCUUCUCUCCCACCGGAAAUUGCAGCAACCAUGACAGAAUUGGCUUCAAUCUAUGUCCGGAACAGAGGAAUUUGAACAGUGAGAAGCAGAUACCAUAAUCCCUUGUGGUUCCCUUUUCUGUCCGACGGCAUAAACCACUGGCUUUUCCUUCUAGCAUCCAGAUGAUGGAUUCUAAAGGGCGGAGCGCCGGCAGGAUUAAUCUUACGACCGGCCGGCCGGCUUGUUCCCGGUGGUUUCCACCUUCUGUUCGACCCAUUCAGAUCGGGUCUUUCCCAUAUUAUCCACCUUUUUGGAAGAAUCUAAAUACGUCUCCAUCGAUUCAAAGUUUAUCCUGAAGGGUUCACGUUCCCGACAGAUGAUCUUUUCGGCCAUCUUCCUUUCCGAUACUCACCGAUUUCAAAAAAGGGUCGAUGUCGGAAUACUGUCCUCCACCUUCUUCCGGCGAAAAAUUCAGGGGUUCAAGCGACGACCCUUUAUCGAUCUUAUUUAUGUUUCUACUCCAAAUGAAAGUAAGUUUGGUUCCUCAGUGCGAAAAAACAACGCAAGGAUAGUAGAUACAUAAAAAUUAAUGCUCCGCAUUUUGAUUUGUCUUAAAUUUCACUUAGUACGCAUUCUUAAUUAUUAACAAAAUCUUAAAAAUAUAUAUG